CCAUCGGAAUGUUGGAGGCACAAGUUUGCACCCAGGCAUUUCUCCAUCCCCACUUCACGCAACCAUUCCGGGGUCGACACUGGUCGUGACUGACUUAUAUGGUCCAACAUCCUCUGUUCCCAAGACGGUGAUAUCCUUCACGCCGUUCCAUACUAGACAUCAGUCUCCCGUUCACUACACGGUCAUUCAAGCGACGGCAAAUCAUCAUGAUUGACAAAACCUUCACAUUCAUCGCGGGCGCUGCCCAAAACUCUCCACUAUUAUUCCUAGCUUACUUUACCGCGGCUUCUGCAUUGUUAUACCUGCUCAUCACAGAAUUACAAAGAACCAAGGUUCGAAUUCCUGGAUUCGGUGGUCCUCCGGGCCUGCCUAUGAUUGGCAACCUUCAUCAGAUUCGAGUCAAUGCAGCUGAGCAGUAUCGUCAGUGGGCCAAGAAGUACGGCCCCGUCUAUCAAAUUAUGCUGGGCAAUGUUCCUGUCGUCGUGGUAAACUCGGCAAAAUCUGCUAGAGAGAUAUUUGGCGCCAACUCCCAGGCGCUUGCUUCAAGGCCGGAGUUCUACACCUUUCACAAAGUUGUUAGCUCAACCGCAGGAACAACCAUAGGAACAUCGCCAUUCAGCGAGAGUUUGAAGCGUCGGAGGAAGGGCGCGGCGAGCGCUCUGAACAAGCCCAGCGUUGCAACCUACAUUCCACACAUCGAUGUGGAGACUCGCGACUUUUUGCAGGAGUUCUUGACAUACGGCGAUUCCGGCAAGAAGCCGGUAGAUCCUAUGCCGAUGAUUCAACGUCUAUCUUUGUCACUGGCGUUGACGUUGAACUGGGGAACAAGAAUGGCAUCACAGAAUGAUAAAUUGUUUGGUGAAAUUACUCAUGUUGAGGAAGAGGUUUCCAAGUUCCGCUCGACUACAGGCAACCUUCAAGACUACCUACCUCUCCUUCGGCUUAACCCAUUCAACUUUGGUAAAGUUCAUGCACGCGAGAUGCGCCAGCGAAGAGACGUAUAUUUAAAGAAAUUGAAUGAUGAUCUAGACGACCGCAUGGCCAAGGGCACGCACAAGCCAUGCAUCCAAGCCAACAUCAUCCUCGACAAGGAAGCCAAGCUCAAUCAAGAAGAGCUCAUUUCCAUCUCGUUGACCAUGCUUUCUGGCGGUCUAGACACGCUCACGACACUUGUCGCAUGGUCAAUGGCAUUGUUGGCACAACGACCCGAUAUCCAAGAAAAGGCUCUGAAGGAGAUCCGCGCCGUGUAUCCCGAAGAUCAGAUCCUCUGCGACGCCAACGAUGACCAAUCCAUUCCUUACAUCUGUGCUCUCGUGCGCGAGCUGUUGCGCUUCUACACCGUGCUCCGACUGUCUUUGCCACGCGGCACGGUCAAGGAUGUUGUUUACAAUGGGCACACCAUCCCCUCGGGCAGCGUGGUAUUUUUGAACGCUUGGUCAUGCAAUAUGGACGACGAAGUCUGGACGGACCCUGAGGUGUUCCGACCUGAACGCUGGCUGGAGCAGCCCGAUGCACCUCUGUUCACGUACGGUUUGGGCUAUCGCAUGUGCGCCGGAAGUUUGCUGGCCAACCGCGAGAUGUACACUAUCUACUUGCGCAUGCUGUCUGCGUUUGACAUCCAGGAUGCCAGAGCUGUGGAUGGUGGGGUCAUGAAUACUCACCCUGUCGAGGGUGUUGAGGAUCAGACGCAGCUUGUCAGCGUGCCGAAACGGUAUACAGUCAAACUGGUGCCGCGGAACGAAACCGUGCUGAGGCAGGCUUUGGAUGACUUUGUCGAGGAGAAGCAUUGAUUUGCGGGUCUAUACAACAGCUAUUCGCUGUAGCACUUUACUUGCUCGUUUGCAUGAACUGGAGUUGUGGAAAUACUCCUCAUCAUUGCAUUCUUAGAGUGGCAUUGUACAUUGUACCCGAAUUCGUCUUGU